AGUAAAACAGGUUAUUCCUGAAAUUUCAUACUCUGAAGAGAACUAGGGUUUAAGGAGGAGGAGGCUCAAUUCGGCAAACAAAAAGCAGGGAACUCACCACCAGCAGUUUCGCUGUACCCCAAAUUGUAGAAGAACCAAAAAGCAGCACCAGUCAUGGCCGAAUCAGAGCACGACGACCACACCUCACCCGAACGCGAUGACCAAAUAAACAACAAGAAGAAGAAGCUUCGCAAGAGGAAAAGAUCUCGUAAGUUGGAGCAGGAAGUAGAAAAGGAACAAGAGGAGGAGAAUGAGAACACGGAAUCUGAAGUAGAGAAGAAUGAUGACACCGUGCAACAACAAGGAGAAGAAGAUGAAGACGGUGAAGAUGGCGAAGAAGAGAAAAAAGAGGAGAUUGUUGUUUCAUCUGGAAUUAUGAGCACCGAAUCUUUUUCUUCUCUAGGGUUGUCACAACCUACUUCUAAGUCUAUUAUGGAUAUGGGUUUUAACCGUAUGACUCAGAUUCAAGCGAAAGCAAUUCCCCCGCUAUUGAUGGGAAAGGAUGUUCUUGGUGCUGCAAGGACAGGUGCUGGAAAAACUCUUGCAUUUUUAAUUCCAGCUGUGGAGUUGUUGUACAAUGUGCAGUUCACACCUCGUAAUGGAACUGGUGUUGUUGUCAUUUGCCCAACUAGAGAGCUUGCCAUUCAGACACAUGCUGUUGCAAAGGAAUUACUCAAGUAUCAUUCACAAACUCUUGGAUUGGUUAUUGGAGGUUCGGGUAGAAAGGGAGAAGCUGAGCGAAUUGUUAAAGGGGUAAAUCUGUUGGUUGCAACGCCUGGCCGUCUUCUUGACCACCUUCAGAAUACAAAAGGAUUCAUAUAUAAAAACUUGAAGUGUCUCAUGAUUGAUGAAGCGGACAGGAUAUUGGAAGCAAACUUCGAGGAGGAAAUGAAGCAGAUCAUUAAUAUACUUCCAAAGCAAAGGCAAACAGCUUUGUUUUCAGCCACACAAACAAAGAAGGUUGAGGACCUCGCCCGCUUGUCUUUUCAGACACCUCCAAUUUAUGUUGAUGUAGAUGAUGGGAGGAAAAAGGUCACAGUUGAAGGAUUGGAGCAGGGCUAUGUUGUUGUUCCCUGUGCCAAGCGUUUUGUUGUUCUCUAUUCAUUCUUGAAGAGAUAUCAAUCAAAGAAAUUGAUGGUCUUUUUCUCUUCGUGCAACUCUGUCAAAUUCCAUGCAGAUCUUCUCAAGUGCAUUGGAUUAGAUUGUUUAAAUAUUCACGGAAAGCAAAAGCAGAAUGCUCGGACAACUACCUUCUUCAACUUCUGCAAAGCAGAAAAGGGGAUCUUGCUCUGUACUGAUGUCGCUGCUCGUGGACUUGACAUACCUGAUGUGGACUGGAUUGUGCAGUAUGAUCCACCUGAUGAACCAAAGGAAUAUAUCCAUAGAGUUGGUAGAACAGCUCGUGGGGAAGGUGGAAAAGGAAAUGCUUUACUUUUCCUGAUUCCUGAAGAAUUGCAAUUUCUUCGCUAUUUGAAGGCAGCUAAGAUUCCUGUGAAAGAGUAUGCAUUUGAUGAUAAAAAGCUUUCAAAUGUACAAUCUCAACUGGAAAAAUUGGUGGCCGGCAUUUAUCAUUUGAACGCUUUGGCUAAGGAUGCUUAUAGGUCAUAUAUAUUGGCAUAUAAUGCACAUUCUAUGAAGGAAAUAUUCAAUGUUCACCGCCUUGAUUUACAGGCUGUUGCUACUUCUUUCUGUUUUUCAAACCCACCAAAGAUAAAUCUGAACAUAGACAGCAGUGCUUCGAAGCAUAGGAAGAAAAUUCACAAAGUGGAAGGAAGAAGACAUUGAUUCGGCGAUAGCAACCCUUAUAGAAAGUAUAUGUAGACUAUAAGUGGCUACUUCUGAAACAUUAUUUGCAGGAAACAUGCUACAGCUGUGUAGUGGAUAUGAUUCUCAUCUUCUCCCUCCUGCAAAUCCCCCAAGAAAGUUUUGGUAGGAAUCCUAAUUUUACAGUGAGAUAAAUUUUGACACUUUGUUCAACAUUAAAUUAUUAAAGUGGUUAGAAGGUUGAAACUGGAAUGUGUUAUAUGCAAUUUUGGACUGUAGUUUGAGGCGAUUAUCUGUUUACGAUCCUACAUUUCUAAUUUGUAAGGUUAUCUUUUGUUGUAAUUUAUAUCAACUUUCAAUUUAAGCUUUCGAAAAUCAACUACAAUACUCAGUUGAGCCACAUCUA